CAAUGUCGAGAAGACGAAUUAUCGAAGCAGACCAAAAAGGUUAAUAAUUUGAGGUUAGAUUUGAGAAUUAUCAGUAAAUAAAAUUAUUUUAUUACUGCUUCAGCUUUCAAUUACUCAACUGUAGUUUACUGCUUAUUUUCCAGCAUAUUUUUUCACUCCAUCAAUUUGAUUAAGUUUUAAUUAUGUCUAAAGGAGUUGCUAGACUGAAGGGCUUUAGAAAGACAACAGAUAAAGUAAAACAUGGAACUAAAAUCACUACUUAUAUUCCUGCUGGAUUAGCAUCAGUUGGACCUCCUCUAGGUCCAAUGCUUGGUCAGAGAGGACUGAACAUAGCUGCUUUCUGCAAAGAUUUCAAUGAGAAAACUAAAGAUAUCAAAGAGGGUAUACCAUUACCUGCUAAGAUCUAUGUGAAUCCUGACAAAUCGUACUCUCUCAUCCUGCACAAACCACCAUCAACCUAUUAUUUAAAACAAGCAGCCGGAAUACAACGUGGUUCAAUGUCUCCAGCAAAAGACAUCUGUGGGAAAGUAACUUUAAAACACAUCUACGAAAUAGCUAAAAUCAAAUCUGAAGAUCCGGUGAACGAAUGUAAGCCUUUGCGGGAACUGUGUGUAUCAUUGAUAGGGUCGGCACGAUCUAUUGGAAUACAGGUGGUAAAGGAACUUGAUCCAGAGGAAUAUAAGGAGUUUCUAGCUGAAAGAGCCAUAAUAGUAGAACAACAAUUGAAAGAACUCCAAGAAAAGAGAGAGGCCAAGAUGUUGAGGGCAGCAGCUUAGUUCAUUACAUUAACGUUUAGUUUUUAAUGCCGGUAGAUAGUUUGUAAAUUCAUGUUAUGCAAUUUAUAUUAUAAUAAAAAACUCGAAAUUAG